AUGUCCCGUGUGCUUGAGUUAUCUUAUGAGAUUGAUAAGCUAGCCAACCUUGUUGAGGAGCGCACCAGGCUGGUUGAUGUACUUCGUAUGCAACCUUCCAAAAGUGACAACGUAUUGAUUAAGAAACACUUAAACAAAGUACUUGAGCUGCUACAGCUAGUUGAUAAUCAAACUGAUAUUGAAAGCUAUGGCGAUAUAAACCAACUGGUAUUGAAGUAUAAUGAGUGUGUUCAGGAAUUUCCUGAUGAGUUUAUCGAUAAGGAAUUAUAUAUGUUUAAUGGCAGGCCCAAAGAAACACUAAGAACUCCGCUGCCGCAACAAGAACAGAAGCGUGUGAGGUUUCAUGAUAAUCCUGUGCAAGACUUACUUGAGCAGCAGCAGCAAGAACAGGACCAGUAUCAGAGCUUUACACGGUACACGGACAAUCCAGAGGAUGAAAGUGAUGACAGAGCGAAGCUUCUUAACUUAGAGACACAAAACGUUUCAGAAGCAGAUAUUUCUCCGUCGCUCUCUAAUCAAGACCUUUUUAUCAAUCAACAGCAGCAGCUAAUGGAACAAGAUACGCACUUGGAGCAUUUAUCUCGUUCUGUUCAACGCAAUCAUAGGAUCUCAAUGGAUAUACAUCAAGAAGUUGAUGAUCAAAACAGAGGGAUACUACAGGAUUUGGAUCAUCUACUAGGCACUACUAGUCGAAAUCUUGGUGUGGUAAAACGAAAGCUUGACAUAUACCAAAAGUCAGCCGCAGAACACGGCCCAUGCGUUGUGAUAUUAGUCUUAUCUGCGAUCCUCAUAUUCCUAGUAAUUGUGUUAUAA